AGUAAUUGGCUGGGUAAGGUAUAAAUGGGAUUCUUGGCCUGUUAACACUCAUUUCACGUGCGUUUUGUUUAAAAAAAGUUUUUUUUGUUGAUAAAAAUGGAUUUAUUUGAUGUUUUUGAUUUGGAUCCAAAAUCCAACACUAAUAAUGAUAAUAAUAAACGAAAAGCUGAUGAUAAUGAACAAAAUAAUGGCCAAAAUUCAAAUGAAAAUGGAUCGAAAAAUGAUGAUAAUGUUGUUGAUAAUGGUUUGAUCGAUAAAUUAAUCAACGAUGUUAAACGUAAAAAAGGUAAUGAAGAUAAUAAUCAGAUAACUACUUCAAUGGUCGAAGAAUUGACACGAGUACCAAAUGAUACGGAUGAUGAAGAUAAUGAAAAUUUAGGUGAAAUUAAUGAAACAUUUACAGCACGUGUUGAAAUACAUGAAUUAGAAACACAAGGUUCAUCUUGUGUACAUGAAGUAAUCAUUCCAGUUGAUUUGGAAUAUGUUCCAUUACGUGAUCAUAGUGAAAAUCCUAAUUAUAAACCAGCUAAAGAAUAUAAAUUUAUUCUGGAUUCAUUUCAAAAAGAAGCAAUACUUUGUAUUGAAAAUAAUCAAAGUGUUUUAGUUUCGGCACAUACAUCGGCUGGUAAGACAGUUGUUGCUGAAUAUGCUAUUGCAUCAUCAUUUCAGAAUAAACAACGUGUUAUCUAUACAACACCGAUCAAAGCAUUAAGUAAUCAAAAAUAUCGUGAAUUUCAAGAAGAAUUUGAAGAUGUUGGUUUGAUUACUGGUGAUGUAACAAUUAAUCCGAAUGCAACUUGUUUGAUUAUGACAACCGAAAUUCUACGUUUAAUGUUAUUUCGUGGUAGUGAAAUUAUGCGUGAAGUUGGUUGGGUAAUAUUCGAUGAAAUUCAUUAUAUGCGUGAUCGUGAACGUGGUGUUAUCUGGGAAGAAACUAUAAUUCUUUUACCCGAUACAGUACAUUAUGUUUUUCUUUCGGCAACCAUACCGAAUGCUCGUCAAUUUGCCGAAUGGAUUGCACAUUUACAUCAUCAAAGUUGUCAUGUUGUUUAUACGGAUUUUCGUCCAACACCAUUACAACAUUAUAUUUAUCCAGCUGGUGGUGAUGGUUUACAUUUAGUAUUGGAUGAACAGAAUAAUUUUCGUGAAGAUAAUUUUAAUCAAGCAAUGAAUGUACUACAAAAUCCAUCGGGACAAAAUUCAUCAUCAUCAUCGGCUAAAGGUGGUGAUCAAAGUUGUAUAAAAGUUAUUCGUACAAUUAUGGAACGAAAUCUAGCGCCAGUAAUUCUAUUCAGUUUUAGUCGUAAAGAAUGUGAAAUAUAUGCACUACAAAUCAGUAAUCUUAAAUUGGAUUUUAAUUCUGCUGAAGAAAAAUCAUUAGUUGAAGAAGUAUUUAAUAAUGCUAUUGAUGUUUUAAGUGAUGAUGAUAAAAAAUUACCACAAGUACAGCAAAUAUUACCACUUUUAAAACGUGGUGUUGGCAUUCAUCAUAGUGGUCUAUUACCAUUGAUUAAAGAAACUAUUGAAAUUUUAUUUGGUGAAGGUCUUAUCAAGGCAUUAUUUGCAACAGAAACUUUUGCUAUGGGUUUAAAUAUGCCAGCCAGAACAGUAGUGUUUACAAGUGUUCGAAAAUUUGAUGGAACAAAUUUUCGUUUCAUAACUUCGGGUGAAUAUAUUCAGAUGAGUGGCCGAGCUGGACGUCGUGGUAUUGAUGAACGUGGUAUUGUCAUACUACGGGUUGAUGAAAAAGUUAAUCCAGCUGUUGGUAAAGAAAUGAUUUGUGGCCGUCCAGAUCCAUUGAAUUCAGCAUUUCAUUUAACAUAUAAUAUGGUUUUGAAUUUGUUACGUGUUGAAGAAGUUAACCCGGAAUAUAUGUUGGAACAUAGUUUUUUUCAAUUUCAACAAUAUCUUGAAUAUCCAAAAUUACAUGAAAAAUACAAAAAACUAAAAGAACAAAAAAGUAAUAUAAAAAUUGAUAAUGAAGAUUGUAUUGCCGAAUAUGUUAAAAUAAAAAAUCAGAUUACCGAUUUGACAAAGGAAUUUUUAGUAUUCAUCACUACACCACGUUAUAUUUUACCAUUUUUAAAUAGUGGACGUCUAUUGAAAAUUGUUAACAAUGAUAAUCUAGAUAUGGAUUGGGGUGUAUUGAUUAAUUAUAAUAAACCUACUAUGGAUAGAAAACAACGACAACAAGAACCAAUUUAUCAAAUUGAUGUACUACUGCCAGUGGAUAAAACAAUUGAUCCAAUAAGUGAAACAAUAUUACCACCAAGUAAUAUGGAAAAAUGUGAAAUGAAAAUCAUUUCAUUACGAUUAUCGAAUAUAACACAAAUAAGUUCAGCACGUGCAUUUCUACCACAUGAUCUUCGUAGUUUUGAUAGCCGACAAUCGGUAUUAAAAUCAAUACAAGAAAUUAAAAAACGUUUUAGUGGAAAUAUCCCCCUGUUGGAUCCAUUAGAAGAUAUGAAAAUUAAAGAUAAUGAUUUUCUAAAUAUUGUUAAACGUAUUGAAUCAUUGGAGAAAAAAUUAUUAGAAUUUAAAAAAAUUAAUCAAGAUAUGGUUCGUCAAUAUGAACGUAAACAAGAUAUUGAAAAGAAAAUGAAACAAACAAAAGAAUUGAUGAAAAAAACCAGAAGUCUAUUGCAAAUGGAUGAAUUGAAAUGUCGUAAACGUGUAUUACGUCGUCUUGGUUAUUGUACAUCGGCUGAUGUUAUUGAAAUUAAAGGACGUGUUGCAUGUGAAAUAACAAGUGGCGAUGAAUUAUUAUUGACUGAAAUGUUAUUCAAUGGUCUGUUUAAUGAUUUAAAUGUAUAUCAAAUUUCAGCAUUAUUAAGUUGUAUGGUUUUUGAAGAAAAAAUGGAUGUACGACCAAAAUUAGGUGAAGAAUUAUCAAAACCAUUAAAAACAAUGCAAGAAUUGGCGAAAAAAAUUGCUACAGUUUCAAAAGAAUCUAAAUUAGAAAUUGAUGAAAAAAUUUAUAUUGAAAAAUUUCGACCAAAUCUAAUGGAUGUUAUUUAUUCAUGGACAAAAGGAAAAUCAUUUUCAGAAAUUUGUAAAAUGACUGAUGCAUUUGAAGGUUCAAUCAUUCGUUGUAUGAGACGUUUAGAGGAAUUACUUCGACAAAUGUGUCAAGCAUCCAAAGUAAUUGGUAAUACUGAUUUGGAGAAUAAAUUUUCCGAAGCAAUUAAAUUAAUCAAACGUGACAUUGUUUUUGCAGCAAGUUUAUAUCUUUAAAAGUAGCAAUGAAUUUAAUUAAUGAAUUUUCUUUUUUUUUUGUUUGAUUUGUAAAUAACUUUUUGAAAAAAAACA